UCAGACAGCGGGCUGCUUUUUCUCAUUGUCCUCCCUGUAUUCUCAGGCGUUUGGAGCAGCGAUGAUCAAACCAGCUCUUCUAUUACCCGGAUGCCUGUUUCUGCUAUUCAGUCCGUCUCCGUGUCAAGGACAACCCCAUGUGAAGGUGUCUGCAUGGACCGGUGAAAACGUCGUGCUGCCUUGUGAGAUCCCCCCCACAGAGGACAUCUCAGUGGAGUGGUCCAAGGAGGGCCUGAAACCGGACGUGGUCUUUCUUUACCGUGAUGGCUGCGAGACACACGAGAUGAAGAACCCGGCCCACGUCUUCAGGACACACCUGUUCAUGACAGAGAUGAAAAACGGAAACAUCUCGUUGAUGAUCUCCAAUGUGCAGCCCAGUGACACGGGGAUCUACCGCUGCCGCAUCGUCUCUACUCAACAAAUCAUUAAAACUGUUCACCUAACUGUGGGGGAAGUGUCUCAGUCUGAUAUCUCAAUCACCAGCGAAAGUGGCAGUGAUGGAGAGACCCUACAGUGUGAGGUUUGCUGGUUACCAAAGCCUGAGGUAGAGUGGCUGGAUGACCAGGGUAAGGUCAUCAAAGGCAGAGACUCCACUCUGAGAAACCCUGAUGUCAACCACUGCUAUACAAUGACGAGCACAGUGAAGGUCCCGAGCUCCGACAGCAGCAGAAAGUUCACCGCCAGAAUUCGUCAACCGCAGAUCAACAGCAUCAGGAAGAUCAAUUUCCAGUUACCAGCUAAAAGCACAGUGUCCUGCACAGGAUACUUGGCUGGCAUUAUUGUUUCAAGCCUUUUAUCACUUGCAAUUGGAGUUGGAGUUGGAAUUUUUGUCACAAAGAAAAUGACAAAGGAAGCUGAAUGGAGCCACACACCGAUACCAGCAACAAGCAGGAGGUCCCCCAGUGACAGUGCAGCUAGCACAGAGGAGAAGUUACAGUUGGCUAAACCCCAGUCACAGCAGCGCCUUGAAGUCAAUGACCAGAUGCAAAAUCGGCAGCAGAACAGGAAACUGUCUGAAGUCAUCAUAGACCCUAACCCUGUGGUAAUCAACGGUAAUGGCAACGCCAGCUCAUCGCCACAAAGUCCCACCGACGGCAAUCCACACACUGGGAUGUCUGCCAGUGACAGUGAUGCAAAGCCAAGCCCGUCACCCUUCAGGAACCGCCCAUCCAGUUUCCCUACUCGUUCCAAAAGUUGUCUCUCUGAGCGUGGUCCUAACCGUCCAUCCACGCAUCGGAAUAAGAGUGCUUCAUUUAGAGACCAAAUUCGCUACAGUGCCCUGGUUGAGUUAGACCAAGAGCAGUGGACUUUUCUGUCACAAGCAGAAACCUGAUGACCUGAGACCGAGCAGGUGUCCUCUCCACUCGUCCAGACCGAAGGAAGUGAUGUGACUCACAUGUUCUGGGCUGUUUUUACAUCUUUUUACAAUAAUGUGAGGGUUUUGCCUGCAUGAACGGCUUCAAACAUCCCCAGGGCCACAUGGUGGAAGAAAUAAAUCAGUUUACCGGCCUGCAUGCACAGAUUCAGAUCUGUAAUGCAAACUGAUUCAUAAAUCCAUACGUUAAAGUUGAACACAGUGAUGUUAACGGCAUUAAAAUUGUAUUGGAAUCAUACGGUACAGUUUACAAAUGCAAAGGUACAUAUCUGAAAUUCAAGGGUUCGAUAUAUAAAUCUGUGGUUGGUUUUCAUGGAUUUAUUUUUUCUUCCAUCCAUCAUUUUACCAUUUUCUACCGUGGUAGCACUAAGAGUUGGCAUGGUUCUUGUUUUGUCCAUGAAAAAUGUAAAAUAUGGCUCCAAUAAUCCUUUGGCGUGCACCUUGGCAAGACAUAAGGUGUUUGACCAUUUUUGGCCACUUUUAUUCCCUUUAGCGGACAGCCCAAUUCACAGCAAAGUGAAAAAAAAAACCUUAAAAAAAAAAAAAAAACUUAAAAAAUAAUAUAUUAAAAAUGUUGUGGUUUUUUUGCUUCUAUUUUUCAUAUAUUUUGAUGUUUUAUUAUCUGUUACAAGAGAAAUGCACCAACGUGCUGAGUCACUGUGGUGUUAAAGUGAACAUAGUUUGGCUGCUUUGAAUUCAGAAUCUCUUAAAAGAAGGGAAAUAGUGAAUUUAUGUUCUUAUCUUUAUUGAGUUACGUUUUGAGGAAGUUCCUGAACUCUGAUUGUGCUUCUGCAAACUUCUAAUGUAAGUCUGAGGACGUCUGAAGCUUACGUUUUUUAUGCUUUUCAUUUCUUUUCUUCGUCCUCUUUUAAACAAUUUUAAACAAUGUACAGAAGAAUUCAGCUAUGAAAAAACUACAACUACAACAGAAAGAUGUACAAUAAGGUAGAAAAUGAGAAGAGGCACAUG